AUGUUACCAGCUGAUAGCUCAUAUUCUAUCAACUAUGUCUUCAAAACCCAGCAAGCUAGAUAUAACUUUAUAAGAGCAUUCUACUUUAAAAGAAUUGAUUCGAGUACAUAUUUGAACUUCAGUGCAUUGAGUCAGUCCGAUGACGAUUCUUUCCAAAGCGAUAGCCUUUCUCUUCAAGUUGUAUAG